GGUGAUGGCUGAGUCCCUGUGAACGGGAAGCAUGUGCCCAGGCCGACAUCCCACAUAUAAGAGGGCCAGCGGGUCCCUGCCCACAAGUCUGGGUGGAGUCUAAUAAUUAGCACCUCCCUGGGCUAUAGCUGGUAAAACUGAAGCCCAGAUGGAGACAUGUGGUCCCCCCGCCAACCCGCCCCUGGAGACCAGGGUAGGACCCCACUCACCACAGAUGGAGCCAGUCGCCACGAGGUAGCCAGCCCAGCUGUAGCCCCGCUGGUAGAAGGCGUCGGCGAGCGCGGAGUUAGGGUUCAGACUGUGCCAGGGGAUCAUGAGGGUGAGCACAGCAGAGACCAGGAUGUAGGCAGCGGCCGCCAGCCCGAGCGACAGGGCGAUGGCCAGGGGCACGGCGCGCUUCGGGUCCCGGGCCUCCUCGCUGGAGGCGGCAAUGACGUCGAAGCCCACAAAGGCGUAGAAACAGGUCGCCGUGCCAGACAUGACGCCAGAGAAGCCGAAGGGCGCAAAGCCGCCCUCCGCCUCACCCCAGUUGCUGGGCCGGGCGAGGAUGAAGCCCAGCACAAUGAUGAAGAGGAUGACAAUCAUGCUGACGGCCGACAGGGUGUGGUUGAGCCAGGAAGAGACGCGGGCCCCGCAGGAGACGAAGGCGGAGGCCAGAAGGAUGAUGCCGGCAGCCAGCCAGUCUGGACUUCUGGCCAGGAAGGGCACCUGCCAGACACCCAGGUGGGUCUCGGUGAAGUUCUGGAUACGGUGGUCGAACAUGGCGUCCAGGUAGCCGCUCCAGGCGCGGGCCACGGCGGCACUGGCGAUGACGUACUCGAGCACGAGAUUCCAGCCGAUGAGGAAGGCCCACAGCUCGCCCAUGGACACGUAGGUGAACAGGUAGGCAGAGCCCGUGCGGGGCACACGGGCCCCGAACUCCGCAUAGCACAGGGCCGCCAUCAGGGAGGCCACGGCGGCCACGACGAAGGACACGAUCACGGCAGGGCCCGUGAUCUCCUUGGCCACGAUGCCUGUGAGCACAUAGAGGCCGGAGCCCACCAUGGAGCCCACCCCCAGCAGGGUCAAGUCCAGCGCGGACAGGCAGCGCUGCAGCGACGUCUCCAUGGUGCUGUCCUCCAGCGGCUUCUGCCGCUUCAGCUUCUGGCAGAAGCGUGCCAGGCCGGCAGCGCAGGGCCGUCCCGGAGCCAUCGUGGGCAGAGAGGAGCAGAGAGGAGCCCGGAGCCAGCUGCAGGCACCUACCAGGGCCAGAGAGGAGUGACGGGCUGCCCUGCCGGCAGUGUGAUUGCAGCCUGGGUCCCAAGUGCCCUCAACAGUGGGCUCCCAGAGGGCUGGGCUGGGCUGGGUGGGAGGGCCGUCUGCCUCCAGGGCAGGGCAGGGAACCAAGUGGAGCUGAAUCUGGGAGUGUUGUGGUGGGGGUGGGGCGGGGGUGGCAGCCCCAGGGAGCCAGACUGGGAGCCCAGCCUCCGGACCUGGGAACCCAGAGCCAGGUGGAAACCCGAGGCUUCCUGGGAGCUGGGCCAGGCCUCCAGCACCCGGAACAGGCGCUGGGCGUCUCCCGGGCUGCCACCUGGCCUCAGACGCCGGAUCCCCCUCCUCCGCCCCGCAGGCCCGAGGAGCCGCGCAGCGGCCCAAACGAGCCGGGGAUCCCAGGCUCCUGGCUGCGCCCUCGACCCCGACUCGCCGCCGCCGCCCCUGGAGCCAGCCUCACCGCCCACUCCUCAGCGCGAGUGCAUCUCCAUCCACGUGGGGCAGGCGGGCGUCCAGAUCGGCAACGCCUGCUGGGAGCUGUACUGCCUGGAGCAUGGCAUUCAGCCCGACGGCCAGAUGCCCAGCGACAAGACCAUCGGCGGCGGGGAUGACUCCUUCAACACGUUCUUCAGCGAGACCGGGGCCGGCAAGCACGUGCCCAGGGCCGUGUUCGUGGACCUGGAGCCCACCGUGGUCGAUGAGGUGCGCACGGGGACCUACAGGCAGCUCUUCCACCCGGAGCAGCUGAUCACCGGGAAGGAAGACGCGGCCAACAACUAUGCCCGUGGCCACUACACCAUCGGCAAGGAGAUCGUCGACCUGGUCCUGGACCGCAUCCGCAAACUGGCGGACCUGUGCACGGGGCUGCAGGGCUUCCUCAUCUUCCACAGCUUCGGGGGCGGCACCGGCUCGGGCUUCGCGUCGCUGCUCAUGGAGCGGCUCUCGGUGGACUACGGCAAGAAGUCCAAGCUGGAGUUCGCCAUCUACCCAGCGCCCCAGGUCUCCACGGCCGUGGUGGAGCCCUACAACUCCAUCCUGACCACGCACACGACCCUGGAGCACUCGGACUGCGCCUUCAUGGUGGACAACGAGGCCAUCUACGACAUCUGCCGGCGCAACCUGGACAUCGAGCGGCCCACGUACACCAACCUCAACCGGCUCAUCGGGCAGAUCGUGUCCUCCAUCACGGCCUCCCUGCGCUUCGACGGCGCCCUCAACGUGGACCUGACCGAGUUCCAGACCAACCUGGUACCCUACCCCCGCAUCCACUUCCCCCUGGCCACGUACGCCCCGGUCAUCUCGGCCGAGAAGGCCUACCACGAGCAGCUGUCCGUGGCCGAGAUCACCAACGCCUGCUUCGAGCCGGCCAACCAGAUGGUCAAGUGUGACCCUCGCCACGGCAAGUACAUGGCCUGCUGCAUGCUGUACCGGGGGGACGUGGUCCCCAAAGACGUCAACGCGGCCAUCGCCACCAUCAAGACCAAGCGCACCAUCCAGUUUGUGGACUGGUGCCCGACCGGGUUCAAGGUGGGCAUCAACUACCAGCCCCCCACGGUGGUCCCGGGGGGAGACCUGGCCAAGGUGCAGCGGGCCGUGUGCAUGCUGAGCAACACCACGGCCAUCGCCGAGGCCUGGGCCCGCCUGGACCACAAGUUCGACCUCAUGUACGCCAAGCGCGCCUUCGUGCACUGGUACGUGGGGGAGGGCAUGGAGGAGGGCGAGUUCUCGGAGGCCCGGGAAGACCUGGCGGCGCUGGAGAAGGAUUACGAGGAGGUGGGCGUGGACUCGGUGGAGGCGGAGGCCGAGGAAGGGGAGGAGUACUGAAGGGGGCGCAGCCGCAGCCCCACACCGGGUCCCCCGAGGGACCCGUCACAGAAAUGUUUCCCUAUUAAAAGUUUUUUCAGUUAAA